GUGUCAACAGUUGUUUCUCCACAGAAUCUGUCCAACGGCCCAACGAUAACUUAGUCUUGUAGACCCCUCAUUUUGCGCCCUGUUCAACGACUAGGGAUAGUGGGCGAUGGCAAACUGAAGGAUCACUGUUCCUUAUUCCAUCCGAUCCGAUCCCAAAGUCCCGGUCGCCUCUACCCACCAAUUUUGCAUACUUAUACCAAAAUAACUACAUUCCGGAUGGAUGAGUCUUCUCUUUUCAUUUCUCAGGAUCGUGGAGCCUGCCUGUCCCACGUUGAUACAUUUCCCCCCUUGUCCGAGGGCGAAGUUCGUCCUUACCCCACGAUGAGUUCUAAUCAUACCUUCCUGGACCCGUCUCUCUACACCCUAGCCGAGGAUGAAGCCGCAUUUAUUAAAUCUCAGACUGGAAUAUACGACGGACGACGAGCUAAAAAGCCUCAUAUUCGCUAUCCGGGAAGAGGCAUGCACAGUGGAUGGGUAUUCAUCCUAGCAUUUCGUGCUAGUGUAACGGCGAUGCAGAUUUACCCUUUUUCGAGCAUUCACCAAUUCGAGUUUGCUCAACCCAAAAUUUCCAAACUGCCGUGCUACCAACAGUUCUUGAACCUCGGAAGAGGUUGUAAGGGAAUAUACGCUGAUAUUGGAUGUUGCCUUGGUGCUGACCCCAGAAAGGCGGUCAUGGAUGGCUAUCCCAUAGAUCAAAUUGUUGCCUCGGAUUUGCGCCCCGAGUUUUGGGAACUCGGUCACAAGUUCUUCAAGAGCACUCCUGAAACCUUCCCAGCACGUUUUAUCCCUGUAGACAUCUUCGACCUGACAGGUCUAUCAAAGACAGAAGGAGGCCCUAUCCCCGAUAUCUCCAAAGUGCAGUCCCUGGCCGAGCUCAGAGGAAACAUUUCCGCUAUCCACGCCUCAGCUCUCUUCCACUUUUUCAACUAUGAAGAACAGUUCGAACUCGGUAAAAUUAUGGCAUCUCUGUUGUCAUUCGCUCCAGGCUUCAUGAUCUUUGGGGCACAUGUUAGUCGACCUGAAGGACAGAUCUACCUCGAGGUUGCCCUGGACAACGAUGAUAGAUAUGGUAUCUUCUUCCACUCACCAGAGAGUUGGAAAUCGCUCUGGGAUGGUGUAAUAUUUCCCAAGGGCACACUGCGCGUUGAUGCAUCAUUGCAUGAAAUGGGUGUCAAGCCCGCUAAUGUGACGAUUUUGACCGGCAAGUCUAGUAACGAGACUUACUACCACCUCAUCUAG